GGCCGCUGACCCUGAACUAUCGAUACAAUACUAUCGAUGCGACCAUCGAUGGUAUGACAGCUCUAAUUAGUUGAGAAAGCAGCAGCAAAAGGCCAGAAAAAAUCGUAAAACUACGAAAACCUACAAGUGCGGGGCAACUGAGGAAGCUGUUGCACGAACAUAGACACUCACGCACGCUCGCCGUACCGCAAACCGCACGCCACGCCCUCUUGCGCCCGCCCCCAAACUCCGGUCGAGCGGUACAGAGCGAAAAAAAGAAGCGCCCAGCAGCGGUGGUGCAAGUGAAGUAGGAAAAUUCCAGCCGAUUGAAACGAACGCCCGCGACCGCCAAAGGAAGCGCCGCCCUCGCCGUUAGUUCCGGAACACAGAGAACUAGCCUUCGCCACCUGGUUAACCCACAUCCGCAUAGCAGCCGCAGUCCCAGCCAGCGCCACAAACUCCGCAACAUGGACGUGUUCCUCAUGAUCAGGCGGCAAAAGACCACCAUCUUCACGGACGCCAAGGAGAACACAACAGUGGCCGAGCUGAAGCGAAUGAUUGAGGGCAUACUGAAGGUGCAGCCCGUGGAUCAGCGGUUAUACAAUCAGGACAACGAUGUCAUGGAGGACGAUAGCACGUUGCAGGACUACGGUGUGACGGUGUCCACGGCCAAGGCGCAGGCUCCGGCGCAGCUGGGUUUGACAUUCAGGAACGAGGUGGGCGACUUUGAGACACUGGACAUGACACCCUACUCGGCACCACCAGACUUACCCGAAGUCAUGAAAAACCAAGAGGCGUCGAACGGACAGGAGCAGGUUGCAUAAGGAAGCAACAACAGCAGUCAGUCAGUCAAUCACCCCUACGAGAACAACAAACAGCAGCAAACACAUCAUCAAAAGCAAAAGCAGCAGCAAAACGAGACAAACUAAAUCCGCUAAAGCCAGAGACUCCCUACUACUGUCGCUCGCUUGUCCCCGCAAACGAAAUGUAUGAAAUUGAAAGUCCAGACAAAUGAGGAAGAUCUAUCUGCGAUUUCCAACAUCCAAGCAUGGUGAAAAGCAAAAGCUGCAGUCGCAGCCGCAAUAGCUAGAUAUGCAUUUUUCGUUGUUAAUAGCAAGGAACAAUUAACUAUGGUUCCAACACAAAAUUGUACUUUGGAAUGGGAUUUAUAAUAUUCGGCUUUAAUUUUACCCUACCCCCACUUGAUUGUUUCUUUUUAAUGGAAUUUAUACGAAUUUGUUGAUAAAAUACACAAAGUCAUAAAAACAAA